CGACAUCAAUUGAAGCAACAUGUACGCCAAGCUGAUCGUUGCUUUGUGCGCUGUGGGCAUGGCCCGCGCAGGCGGUCUCCUCGCAGCAGCUCCAGUGGCCUACUCCGCUCCAGUUAUCACCAAAACCAUCACUCCGGCGGUCUCCUCAGUGUCCUCCUACUCCACACACACCGCGCACGGUAGCCCUGUUGCCGCAUACUCCGCUGCCCCCGUCGCCACCUACGCCGCAACCGCUCCCGUCGCGUACGCCGCCGCCCCUGUCGUCGCCAAGACUUACGCCGCUCCCGCCAUUGCGACUUACGCCGCUGCCCCCGUGGUGACCAAGACCAUCACUCCUGCCGUGUCCUCCGUGUCAUCUUACUCGACUCACACCUCUCACGGUUCUCCUGUGGCCACUUACGCUGCUGCCCCCGUGGUCGCUAAGGCCAUCGCUCCCGUAGCCUACGCCGCUCCCGCAGCCUAUGCCGCUCCCGCCGUGUCCGCGUACGCCGCCCCCGUUGUCACCAAGACUAUCACCCCUGCUGUGUCUUCUGUGUCCUCUUACUCUUCCCACACCUCUCACGGUUCCCCCGUUGUGGCUUCUUACGCCGCUUCCCCCGCCGUGGCCACUUAUGCCGCUGCUCCCGCCAUCUCCACAUACGCGGCUCCCGCCAUCUCCACCUACGCUCACGCCGCUCCCGCCAUCUCCACCUACGCUCACGCCGCUCCCGUCUUGAAGUCGGCUGUGGCCUACUCCGCCGCCCCCGCGGUAUCUCACCUCUCCUACAGCGGACUCGGUGCUCAAUAUGGCUGCAACAUGUACGCCAAGCUGAUCUUUGCUCUGUGCGCCGUGGGCAUGGCCCGGGCUGGCGGUCUUCUCGCUGCCGCCCCAGUAUCCUACUCCGCUCCCGUCAUCACCAAGACUAUCACCCCGGCGGUGUCCUCCGUGUCUUCCUACUCCACACACACCGCACACGGAAGCCCCGUUGCCACGUACGCCGCUGCCCCCGUCGCUGCUUACGCCGCCGCUCCCGUCGCGUACGCCGCCGCCCCUGUGGUCGCGAAAACUUACGCCGCUCCCGCUUACACGACUUAUGCGGCCGCACCCGUAGUCACCAAGGCCUUUGCCCCGGCUGUGUCUUCUGUUUCGUCUUACUCCUCCCACACCGCUCAUGGUUCUCCUGCCGUAGCCACUUACGCCGCUGCCCCGGUCGUCGCUCCCGUAGCCCACGCCGCUCCUGCCGUCGCUGCGUAUGCUGCACCCGUUGUGUCUAAGACUAUCGCCCCUGCCGUGUCCUCCGUGUCGUCUUACUCUUCGCACACCGCUCAUGGACCCGCUGUAGCCACGUACGCUGCUGCUCCCGCCGUGGCGUACUCUGCCGCGCCCGCCAUUUCCACGUACGCUGCUCCCGCAUUAUCUGUUCAUGCCGCUCCCGCGUACGCCACCUACGCUCACUCCGCUCCCGUCUUGAAGUCUACUGUGACGUACUCUGCUGCCCCGGCGGUGUCUCACCUCUCUUACAGCGGUCUUGAAGCUAACUAUGUUUUUAUUAGUGCCUUGAAACUCAGUGUAGUAGCAUACCUGGCAUUCUACCUGGUGUACCUACUUCUGGUUGUAGUCCUUUGCGCCGCGGGCAUCGCCUCCGCUGGCAACCUGCUGCACGCUGCGGCUCCCGUAGCAUACGCCGCUCCCGUCUCCUCGGUGUCAUACGCCACGCACACGGCGCACGCCGCUCCCGUCGCCACGUACGCUGCUGCUCCCGUCGCGUCAUAUGCUGCCGCCCCCGUUGCCUCAUACUCCGUCAAAUCCGUCGCUCCUGCCGUAUCCUACCAGAGCAUCUCUACUCACUCCGCUCCCCUCGCGUACGCCUCACCCGCUGUGGCGACUUACGCCGCUGCCCCAGUUGUACACAAGACCCUCGCACCUGUGGCAACUUACGCCGCCGCCCCCAUCGUCUCUAAGGCUAUCGCACCUGCGGUAUCUUACUCUUCCUACUCGACCCAUGCUGCUCCCGUGGCGUACGCUGCCGCAGCUCCUGUCAUUGCCAAGACCUACGCCGCCCCCGCCGUGCACACCUAUGCUGCGCCCGCUGUAGCUUCUUACGCUGCCCCGGUUGUAACUAAGGCUAUUGCUCCCGCGGUGUCUUACUCUUCUUACUCCACCCACUCUGCACCUGUGGCAUACGCUGCCGCCGCCCCCGUGGUCGCUAAGUCUUACGUCGCGCCCGCCAUCUCUACCUACCAGUCUGCCCCCGUGGCUUAUGCCAAGACCUACGCUGCUCCCGCCGUGCACACCUAUCAUGCUGCUCCCGCCGUGCACGCCUACCACGCUGCUCCCGCCGUGGCCACCUACGCCGCGGCUCCCGUAGUCAAGACCGCCGUUACCUAUUCCGCUGCCCCGGCUGUAUCUCACGUCACCUAUUCUAGCGCCUACGGAAACUACGGCUGGUAAAUUAUCCGAACGAAUUGUUACCAACUGAUUGUUAAUGUUUUAUGUUGAUAUUUAUUGUAAAUUAUAUGAUGUCAGAAAACAAAAACGAAAAUAUAUAAUAUAAACAAACAA